AUCGCAUUCUAGUACAUGGCUUCCUAUAAUAUUCAUGCAUUAGGGAAUAAUUCUCGCGUGAUAUUUCAUGAAGUGGAUCCUUCUCAGUUGUUCCUUGCCUUGGCGUUGCUAGGCGCGACGUCCGCCGUUGUUGAGGAGGCGCAAGCUGGCUUCGGUCCGCUCCUGCCGGGCCUCGUCGUGAGAGCUGAGACCAGCUUCCUCUUCACCAGGACAGCAACAGUACUCCACACGAUACAGACCCAAGUCACCACGUUGGCAACUUGCAUGGUUCACGCCGCCGGCCUCCCUCCUUGCUCCGCGAAGACUGGACCCCGAUUCGUGGCCGUCGUCCCAACUGCCCUUGCUUUCAGGUACGAAGAGCAGCCGAAAGCUCGUGCAUUUAACUUCCUUCUGCCUUCUUUCAAAUCUGAUCUGCAGCUGGAUAACGAGCGCAUCAUCGGCUUCCUUCCACCGAUCGGCUUGCUGACAGUGGUGACCAAGACGGCGCUGGAGACCGUGGUCACAGCCACCGUCAGCCACCCGACUGACACCGUCACGAUCUCCGUGGCUGGGUGCGUGCCCGAGGCCCUCCCCUUCAGCGCCUCUGCCUGUGUCGCGACGGGCAUGUCGACCUCAACCACGAAUACAGCUACGACCGCGAGUACAACUACGUCCACCACUCCGACUACUACUACCAGUGCAACCACGGCCGCAAGCACAGGUACGACUGCCCCCACGGCAACUUCAACCUCUACCACGAGUAUGACUAUGAUUACUACUACGACCGCUACUACUAGUGCAACCAGCACUACUCCAGCGUCUACAAGUACGGCCACUUCUACGACCACUACUCCAGCGACUACAGGUACUACCACUCCUCCAGCGACUACAACUACUACGGCCACUCCUCCAGCGACUACAACUACUACGGCCACUCCUCCAGCGACUACAACUACUACGGCCACUCCUCCGGUGACUACAACUACUACGACCACUACUCCAGCGACUACAAGUACGGCCACUUCUACGACCACUACUCCAGCGACCACGACCACUACUCCAGCGACUACUAGUGCAACCACGACCACUACUCCAACGACUACAAGUAUGGCCACUUCUACGACCACUACUCCAACGACUACAAGUAUGGCCACUUCUACGACCACUACUCCAGCGACUACAACUACGGCCACUUCUACGAGUGCUAUAAGCACGACCGCUACGACUAGUGUAACCAUGACUACGACUUAAGCCACGACCCCGGCCAUGGUUUCUGCAACACCGACGGUCCCGCCAUCCUCCUCUGCGGCCAAUGAUUUCAGCUGCGAAUUGUUGAACGAGUGCUGAG